UGCUCCCGUGUUUCUCACCUGUUUUUUAGCGUACUCCCGCAUUAUUGCAUCCCACAUCUUAAAACCUGUGACAUGAACGUCUGAUAUUUGUUAAAUAUUAUUAGACAGCCUGGAUUAUGUGGAAUAAGUCAUGGACGUAGUGCAGAAAAUCCAUUAUUUCUCUGAUUUUAGUAAUAUUCUUAAAAUCACAAGUAUUGGAUCGAGUUCACCUCAAAUGAAUAAUGCCAUCACUUCGUGUUUUCUAAGGGUAACAGCAGUAAGUGAGGGAAGCGAUGGCACCAUGUAGCUAGAAAGGAAAACGUGGAAAGAAAACACAUCAAAUGAGAUGGGAGCCGAGGAACUGGAGAGGUGAUGAGGUACGGGAAGACAGGGGCGGCGAUGGUGGUCCCACCAGUGAGUGUGGGCCGUGGGUGGUUGGAUGUGAGCAGAUCGGGGAGGUUUGCUCAGCAGAACGAGAAGCUGCAAUGGGACGACGCAGUGAGAAGCCAGCUGGAGUUUUGAGAGUCAGGGUGACGUCGCCCUGCUAUCGAGUGGCUAGUCUGCAGCUCCUCUGGGAGGAUGGACACCCUGAGGAACCGGACGGUGGAGGAGCUCCAGGAGCUGCAGGAAAAUGCAGAGGAGAUCGAGCGCCUGGCCCUGGAGUCCCAGGAGGUUCAGGAGCUGCAGCUGGAAAGGGAGAUGGCCCUUGCCGCCAACCGGAGCUUGGCCGAGCAGAACCUGAAGUUCCAGGCGCCGCUGGAGACGGGGCGCACCGACCUCUUUAACAAAUACGAAGAGCUGCAGAAGCUGGCUGAGCGGUGUAAAGAGCAAAAGGCAAAACUGGAGAAAUUUUCAGCAGCAAUGCAUCCUCAGACCUUGCUGGAUCUCCUGCAGGUGGAAAGCCAGAAAAUUGAAGAGGAGUCUGAGAAAAUGGCCGAGAAAUUCUUGGAGGGUGAGGUGCCCCUGGAGACAUUUCUUGAGCAGUUUUCCGUGAUGAGGAAGUUGUCCCACUUGCGCCGGGUCAGAGUUGAAAAGCUGCAGGAGAUACUGAGGAAGUCAGAAGCGUCGCAGGAGCCCGGCAGGGACUCUCAGCAGCCGCCACCGCCGCCUCCUCACGUACCUGGGCCCACAGACCCGCCGAAGCCACAGCCUUUCCCUUCAGGGGCUCCUUCCUUCCCUUUGCCCUACAGCCCAGCCCCAAGCAUGCCGGUCGGCCCCACAGCCCACGGAGAUCUCCCUCCUGCUCCUUUCUCUGGCUCCCCGGUCACCGUGGGACACGUUGCCUCCUCUCAGCCGAGCACCCAGCCCGUGUUUCCCUAUAAGCCUCCUUCAGGUCCCGGAUACCCGCCGGCGCAGGCUGCUGACUCCGUGCCGGGGUAUCCCAACCCUCCCUCGGGAGGCUCAUCUCCAGCUCCGGGCUAUUCCUGGUCUCCGUCCAGGGGCCCACCUCAGCCCCCACUGUUUCCUGGCUCUCACCCCUCUCCUCCGCCACCCAGACCCGGGUACCCUGCCUACUUUCCCCCUGGGGCAGGGAGACCGCAGUGUCCCUACCCGACCCAGCCCCCUCUCCCUAGUUUCCCAAUCCCCGCACAGCCUCCCUAUCCUCCUGGACUGCCCCCGCCCUUUGGGUACCCCCCACCUCCAAACCCUCAGCGCCCUGCUUGGCCUGGCUACUAAAUCAGGACUCCUGGGAGAGCGUCCUUUGCUGCUCCCUCCUCUUUUUGUGGACUGAGGAAGAAGAGCAAACUGAGAACGUUGCUCUUCGAUCCAUAGGUGCAAAAGCAUUACGCAGUGUAAGAGACAGUAGCGGCUCCGGGCGUCAGGCGGGCUGACGCUGUCCCCGCGGGCUGCGACUCUUUAAGUUGGGUUUGUGACGAUCGCUGGUGCGCUGAAGUGUUCGCUUCCAAAUCGGCUCGUCCAGGCUCCGGUGUGAGAGCCAGGUAGUCAUCUGGGUACUCGGCUGGGGUACGCGGGAACGAUGUGCACUGAUUGCAGCCGCUGAGAGCCGAACCCCCUCAUCUGCAUGUGCGGGAGCGUGCGUGGGUGAGUGAGAGAGACCACUCCGCGUGUGCCUGUCCUUUGCUAUGUGGGUAACAGAUGUAGUAUCAUAAUUCUAAGCCUUUUCACAGGUGUUCAAAAGACACGGUAGGAAUCUCUGACAGUAUUUCUGACACAAAAUACUCACUGCUUUCCAAGGACCUUCCUGGAAGCGGGAGGCAGAGCCCGCCCGGCUUGCAGGCGAUUUGUAACUGCUUGUAGCAGGGAGAAGCAGCUAGCUCACCCCUUGGGUGGGCCAGGCCUUGAGAUCCAUGUCUGUCUUUACUGCUGCUGCUUUUGUCCAGCACGGGAGCCUUUCCCAGGCUGGGCCGGCUGUGCGCUGUCUCGCCAAGGGCACGAAGGCUCUGGUAGCUCCCCAGAGUUCAAUGCAUGGAUAUUAUCUGUGCUUUUGAAGUAAACUGGGCCGGCACGAUGUCUCAGGCUGCUGCUGCUUUGGGGGCACGUGCCUCGGGUCACAGGGAGGAGCGGGAGUCGGUGCCUCCUGCCCAGCUUUGUGAAACGCUGGGGCUCGGCAGCCUCCUCCUGUAUCCCCGGCCUCUCCUGCGGUGCCCAGGGGAACAGGGCGGUUAUUCGGGGUGCUACAGUCUCCAGCCUUCCUCACAUCCCCCUUCUCACAAAACACUAGGUAACGGAUGGAGCAACGAGUUAACGUUAAUGGAAAUGGGAUUUGCUUUGCUCUGCACUUUAUCCUACGAAUCCUGCCUGUAUCCCUGUAAGUUAUUUAUAAGGAAAGAUUACUAAUGGACUAGAACAAGGCAAAUGCUUGUGGGGUUUGAUGGAAACAAUUCCAUAUCUGUGGUUAAUUACAGUAAUAAAACUUGAUGAAUUGCA